AUGCACACAUCACUCACACUGUCAGUUCAUAUCUAUCUAUCUAUCUAUCUAUCUAUCUAUCUAUCUAUCUAUCUAUCUAUCUAUCUAUCUAUCUAUCUAUCUCAGUCUGUUCAUAUCUAUCUAUCUCAGUCUGUUCAUAUCUAUCUCUCUCAGUCUGUUCAUAUCUAUCUAUCUAUCUAUCUAUCUAUCUAUCUAUCUAUCUAUCUAUCUAUCUAUCUAUCUAAACCAAAUUAUUUCGGUCUCGUAGCCAAUAAGCCAAUUAUUGAGAUUUUCUUCAUACAUUCAAUCAAUCAAUCAAUCAAUCAAUCACUCUAUCUAUCUAUCUAUCUAUCUAUCUAUCUAUCUAGCAAAAUUAAUUUAUUGAGGUUUUGUCAAUCACAAUCUAUCUGUUUCCCCUCUUUCUUCCUUUCUUUCUUUCUUUCUUUCUUUCUUUCUUUCUAUCUUAAAACCUUUGACUCAAGGCGCUAUAUGUCUAUUAUAAACAUUAAUAAAUCAGGGUCUAUUUAA